AUGAUUGGGUUGCUUCGUUGCAAGAUGGAAAACUACCCCAUUACGACUGAACCUUCGGAAUUUGCUUCGGCAAUUUGCGAUCAUCUUUUUACAUUCUAUCAUGAUGUGCAACAUCGACCAUUCGUACUUCAAUUCCUUCCGUCAUUCAUCAUAGCCUAUUAUGAUGUCCUUUAUCCUCGUCACUCCGAGUCAGUUGAUUCUACAACUAAGGAUGUUUGUUCAACAAUUGAUACUUUCCUUGUCAGUCUCUACAAUCUUACUGUGACAGAUGAUGGACAUAAUGAAGCGACUCAUGAAUUUCGUAUUCCGAAUUUGACGGUUCCUUCGAUUUACCAUACACCAAAUCCUGACCACUAUGCUCCCACACCGUUGACACAAAAUGCCAUAUCGAAACAUGAAACUAAAUGCGAAGUCAUUCGGUUACAAGCGUUCACUCCGCUUGGUUCUGCUAAUGGAACGACAAGAGAACAAAUCCUCUGGUUUCUUCUGAUUCAAUAUGGUAUGAGUGUAUCAUCGAUGGAUAAAUGUUCUCGAGAUGCGUACAUUCAAAUGUCGAAAAAAUUACUUGGUCAAGGUUUUUCAUUCAAUACACAAAGACCAGUGAAAAGUAAAUCAGGUUUGCCAACUACUGGUCGUCGGAUUCACUUAUCAAGUCGAAUCAUGUCAGAGAUGUUAGGAACAUUGUUUUAUUUGAAAUCUUUUUCAUCGGAUGAUGAAGCAAAUCGAUGUAUGCUGCUGUUAAAAGAACGGGCAGAAUACGAAAUGUAUGCUGACGUGAUUCUGAUGACAGAAUCAAUGGGAUAUUUACAUGAAUUUGAAACGCAGCGACCUGAAAAACAGGACAAGAUUGGCAUUGAAAUUGAAUUACCACCGACAAUCGACGUUGUUCGGCAGAAACGAACAGCGACAACAACACGUUCAAUGAAAAUCCGUCAACGUUCAAAUAAACAAGAUGAUUCAUCAGUUCUAACUGAAAAUCACGUGGAUGAAAACGUGAACGUCGUGCCUGCAUCACCUCAGCAACGACGUGUAUUGAAUGUUGUUGAUAACAACCUAACUAGAGAUGAAUAUGAAAACACAAACAAUAACAAUAAUAAAGAUAUUGAAUCCCCACCUAUAAUUCAUCAAGCCAGGUCAACUAUUUCUUCCUCUAUUGGCCCAGCAACUUCAACUCCAUCUCCGUCGACAGCUCGUCAUUACAAACCAGUUUCAUUAACAUCCACUCAAACCUAUUUCAAAACAAUUCAAGAACAACCUGGUUCAUCACCAAUUUUGCAAGUUCGCUCUGUGAUACACAAAGAUGAUGAAUAUGAGAGGGAAGAAACUUUGGCGAUUUUACCCCGACCACGAGUAUCAAGUAUAAAACAAAGUGAAAAGAAAGAAACAAUCGCCACAAUGAUGUUGGCGAGAUUUCUCAUCAGACGAACUUAUCGUUCCAAUCCGAAUACCAUUCAAUGGAAUAAAACCAUUCGAACUCAUCAAAUCAAUGGAAAUUAUCAACAAGCUCUGAAGUUGUUUCAAAUUGGUAUUGAGAAAAACACAUUCGAACCCAAUUCUCUCACCUAUUUCACAAUGCUUGAUAUUUGCAAGGAGCUGAAAUCUCUUCCAGUUGUUCGUACUAUUCACAAUUUAAUCGACGCAUCAAAAAAUCGCGACCGAGAAGUGUUCUCCGAUCCACGAAUUCGAUCGUCAUUAAUGGAUGUUUAUAUUAAAUGUCAAGACAUCGAUAGUGCCUAUCGAGUAUUUCAAUCGAUGUCUGAACGAAAUGUGAUUGAUUGUUGUGGUUUAAUGACUGGUUUGAAUCAACAAGGCAAAUAUGAGAAAACAUUGGAACUAUCAAAACAAAUUCCAUCAGCGAUGAAAUACUCAUCAGCACUUCUUUGUAGUCUGAUCCUACAGGCAUGUGGUGAAUUAAAACGAUAUGACGAAGGAUGUGAAAUUCAUCGAAAUGGACAAAAAUUUCUUCCUGAACAUAAGAUUUUCAUGAAUGAAUUGAUGAAUUUCUAUUUAAAACUUCAUCGGGAAAAACAAGCAUUGGAUAUUUUCGAAACCUAUUCAACUCAUCAAACAGUUAUUGAUUACAGUUUGUUAAUGAAGUACUACAACCGUCACUAUCAACCAGAGAAAACCAUCGAGUUGUAUUUUCGUUUGAAAAACAAUACACAGAUCCCAAUGGAUCAUAUUAUUUAUGUUCUUGUUUUGCAAGCCGUCGCAAAUGGAUGUUGUUUACAAACAAGUGAACAAAUCUGUCAAGAUGCGAAAAAGUUUGGAAUCAAUAUGGAUGUGGAAAAUGCCUUGAUCAACAUGAAAACUGGGCGAUCUCGAUCAAGCAGAGAAAGCGUUCCAUUCAAUGGCGAAGCACAACAUUGUUUCAUACAAUAUAUUACUCAAUCUUUAUGGUCUUUACCAUCAAUCUGA